AUGACUCAAAGUCAGCGAUCCCGUUACAUAAAGACGGGUGCCAUUGUCGGCGCCUUGCUACUUAUGCUUUUCUGGCUCGCCCCGUCAAGGAGUACGGUAUCUAGCUAUGGGCCUGGUUCUCAACCCGUUGCCGGCGGUUCUCCCCUCACGACGAAAUGCUCGAAACCCCAUGAUUCCUCCAAGCCUCUUAUCCAGUACGCAAUGAUGAUUGAUGCCGGAAGUCAGGGCUCUCGAAUUCACGUCUAUAAAUUCAACAAUUGCGGACCCACUCCCGAGCUUGAACAUGAGGAGUUUAAGCAGACCGAGCCGAGAGAGGGCGGCUCCGGACUCAGCUCUUAUAGGGAAGAUGCUGAGGGCGCCGCAAAGAGCUUGGAUGUUCUUCUGGCCGUGGCUAUGUCGACUGUCCCCGACGAGUACAAGUCGUGUUCACCGAUUGCGGUAAAGGCUACUGCUGGACUACGCAUGCUUGGUCCUGAGCUGAGCGAGAAGAUCUUGGAAGCCGUGAGAACUCGCCUGGAGACAGUCUACCCGUUCCCCGUCGUUUCUCGGGAUAAAGGUGGCGUUGAGAUCAUGGACGGCAAAGACGAAGGUGUCUAUGCUUGGAUUACCACCAACUACCUCCUCGGAAAGAUCGGUGGCCCGGAUGAGACGCCUACCGCUGCGGUCUUCGACCUUGGUGGAGGGUCCACUCAGAUCGUUUUCCAGCCCACGUUUGAGAAGAGUCCGUCAGGCGGUAUGCCCGAGCACUUGGCCGAGGGUGACCACAAGUAUGACCUUCAGUUUGGCGGUCGGCACUUUGAGCUCUACCAGCACUCCCACCUUGGUUAUGGUCUUAUGGCUGCUCGUGAAACCGUGCACAAGGCUAUUGUCGAUGCGAAAUUAGCGGCUAUGCCCCCGAACGAUCGCUCUUGGCUGAAGGAGCCCAUCUCCAACCCCUGCAUUGGACCCGGAAUGGAACGCGAAGUGAAGUUGAAGUACGAAGGAGAACAGGCAAACCACCCGCUCGCCCCUGCGGUUACGGUGACGAUGGUCGGUCCAAAAGAGGGAGCUCCUUCGACAGCCGCUCAGUGCCGCGGAUUGACGGAAAAGAUUCUCAACAAGGAAGCUGCUUGCGGUCUCGCUCCCUGCUCCUUCAACGGUGUUCACCAGCCCUCUCUUGAGAGAACUUUCGCCAAAGAGGACGUUUACAUCUUUUCCUACUUCUACGAGCGCACUCAGCCCUUGGGCAUGCCUGAUGCAUUUACAUUAGAGGAAAUGCGCGAUCUCACGAAGACUGUCUGCGCAGGAGAAUCCGCGUGGAAGAUCUUUGAAGGCAUUCCGGAUGCACUCAAGGAACUGCGUGACCGACCGGAGUGGUGUCUGGACCUGAACUUCCAGCUGGGUCUCCUCCAUACGGGCUACGAGAUGCCUUUGUCACGUGAGGUCAAGAUCGCUAAGAAGAUCAAGGGCAACGAGCUUGGAUGGUGUCUUGGUGCUAGUCUGCCUCUCCUGAGCCAGGAAUCAGGCUGGACUUGCCGAGUGAAGGAGAUUUCGUAG